AUGAAAUUGGAGAAGAAGGAGAACCCCAUAGCAGGAGCUCGUGUGUAUCAUGUGGAGGAGUUUGUGGCCAGGCUCCACCAAAGGGCUGAAGCUCUCCUAAAACUCUGCUGUGCUGUUUCCUCCCAGUGGGACCUCGUCUGUGAGUCUCAAUCACAAAAAUCAGUGGUUCAAACCCUGUUCAUGAGUGGGUCGCUGCUGGGAAGUCUGAUAUUUGGCUAUCUUUCAGACAGGUAUGGAAGGAAGGGGGUUUACACAUGGUGUCUCCUCCAGACGGCCAUCAUGGACACCUGUGCCACCUUUGCUCCCAUCUUCCUCAUCUUCUGCAUUCUACGCUUCUUGGCUGGAUUUUCUAUCAUAAUUGUUUUGUCCAACUCUACCAUUCUUGCAUCAGAGUGGGCAUCACCCAAGUCACAACAUAUAGGAGUAACACUGAUGUUAUGUGCCCACAGUGUUGGGCAGAUACUCUUGGGAGGAUUAGCUUUUGCCAUUCGAGACUGGCACACACUGCAUCUGACUGUGUCUAUACCCUUGUUUGUCCUCUCCUUGCUCUCCAGGUAUAUACAUGAACUUUUUGAAAACCAUUCUAUUGCCUUGAAUGCUUGUAUCAGAAAUUUGUGUGUUGAGCAAGCUCCUUCUGUAGGCAUAGAUUAA